AUGAUUAAAUUCCUGCUUUUGCUAUCUUCCUGUGCAUCAGUUAUUUUCACCGACCCCUGGUACAGUGUUUCCUACAAAGGAGAUCUGAACCACUGGAUACCCCUCCCUGCUAACACCACCCACGAGAUACUAUCUAGAUCCUAUCUAGCCAGCACUACCUCACAGUCCCUCUUUACCUUCCCCUUCUAUAACACAACACGUGACGACAACAUGACGUCAUCAGCACGUGACGUCAUCACGACAACCUCCUCUGGGUUCCUGUAUCUGGGCACGUUUAGUGAGGUGCCUCACACAGGAGUAGCUGGGUACAUUGCUCCUCUGAUGGCAGACUUCAUUCCCAACCCUCACAGCCCUCCCAAGAUCAGCAUUCUCUCGCUGGACACUGUCUUCGUGGUGGAGUGGAGAGAUAUGCAGCUGGAGCAUUACCAUGGUAAUGAGCAGGAGCCUCCUGCAUUCUUCACAUUCCAAUGCCAACUGUACCCUAACGGCACUAUUCUCUUCCUCUACCAGAACAUUCCAGUAUCCCUUGCCUCCCUCUCGUCCUACAACCACCCUCUGGAGGUAGGUCUGAAAACAGCACCCCAAAUACCCCAGUCUGCCCACGUGGAGAAGGAGCUGUUAGUGGAGAUGGGGAGGGUGGUGUCUGGUGUUAGUGUGGUGUUAUCACCUAAUAUCACCGGGUGUUGUGGGGAGGAGGUGAGGUUGGGGAGGUGGUGUGAGAUGGUGGCACUGUGUGGGGAUCUGCCUGCAGAGGAGGAGUACUUAACGGGUGAGAAGAAAGGCCCUGGUAAUAGUUCUGCUGGUUAUAGUUCUGAUUAUAAGAGUUCAGCUGAUAAGAAGAAACCCUGGGAUUCUAGUCAAGAAAGUGGAGACGACAGUGACCAAGCAGGGAGUGACUGGAAUGUUUUUGUGCUGAUGUUGGCAGUGAUGAUCUUCUCCGUAGCCAUGGUUAUUUCCGCCAUUUACUUGUUUUACAGAUACGUUAUGAGGGGGAGACGGGAGAGAGUGGCACCUUUUAAGGAAGUACUUUUGCUUUAG